UGGGUACUCAACCACUUCAAUAGCGGCCAUCUUCACUAGCACGAGUAGAAGAGUGGCGCAUCAGACAUGGCUGAUUAUUCCAAUGUGGCUCCACCGUCUGCAAACAACGGAGGUGGUAUGAACGACGCCUUUCAAGACGCACUACAACGAGCAAGACAGAUUGCUGCUAAAAUAGGUGGUGAUGGUGUUGCUCCUCCUCCUCCAUCGAAUGACUUUGGGUUCGGGGGGCAGAAACGGUCCCUAGAAGACGGCGAUCAGCCAGACGCAAAAAAGGUUGCUACAAGUGACUCUUUCGCUGCAGUUAUGGGGGGAAUGGGUGGAAUGGGCGGAGGACCCCCAAGAUCUGCUUCAGAAGAAUUCAAAGUUCCCGAUGGCAUGGUUGGAUUCAUCAUCGGAAGAGGAGGCGAGCAGAUAUCCAGAAUCCAGCAAGAUUCGGGCUGCAAAAUACAGAUUGCACCAGACAGUGGCGGUAUGCCAGACAGAUCGGUGACAUUAACAGGAUCUCCAGAUUCUAUCCAGGCAGCAAAAAGGUUAUUAACAGAAAUUGUCGAGAAGGGCAGGCCGACACCAUUCCACCACAGCCAGGAUGGACCAGGCGUGUCUGUACAAGAGAUUCUUGUCCCUGCCUCUAAAGCUGGCCUUGUUAUUGGCAAGGGUGGAGAAACUAUCAAACAGUUACAGGAACGUGCUGGAGUUAAAAUGGUUAUGAUCCAGGACGGCCCACAAAACACAGGGGCAGACAAACCUCUACGUAUUUCAGGAGAUCCCUUUAAAGUUCAACAAGCGAAAGAGAUGGUAAUGGAUUUAAUUAGAGAUCAAGGUUUUCGGGAACAAAGGGGAGAAUAUGGCUCAAGAAUGGGUGGUGGUGGCGGAGGCGGCGGCGGAGGCGGAGGCGGUGGUGGUGACAGUCUGGAUGUUCCAGUGCCUCGUUUUGCAGUGGGAAUUGUAAUUGGCAGGAGUGGAGAAAUGAUCAAGAAGAUCCAAAAUGACACAGGAGUGCGAAUUCAGUUCAAACCAGAUGAUGGCUCAACGCCAGAGAGGAUAGCCCAGAUCAUGGGCCCCCCAGACCGGGCGCAGCACGCUGCGGAGAUCAUCUCAGAUCUGCUGAGGAGCGUGCAGGCGGGAGGACCACCAGGAGGGCCCGGCGGAAGGGGCCGAGGUCGCGGCCAGGGCAACUGGAACAUGGGCCCACCCGGAGGCUUGCAGGAGUUCACCUUCACUGUGCCCACCAUGAAGACGGGCCUCAUCAUUGGCAAAGGGGGCGAGACCAUCAAGGGCAUCAGCCAACAGUCAGGCGCCAGACUGGAGCUGCAGCGGAACCCCCCGCCCAACGCCGACCCCAGCAUCAAGGUGUUCACAGUACGAGGAAAUCACCAACAGAUCGACUACGCACGCCAACUCGUGGAGGAGAAGAUUGGAGGUCCAGUGACGCCGAUGGGUGGGCCUCAUGGGCCUCCGGGCCCCCACGGAGGGCCUGCUCCACACGGCCCACCAGGGCCCCCUGGACCCCCAGCACCAAUGGGACCAUACAAUCCCGGCCCUUACAACCAGGGCCCACCAGGACCUCAUGGUCCUCCUGGCGGCCCCUACCCACCCCAGGGCUGGGGCAACGGCUACCCACACUGGCAGCAGGGACAGCCUGACCCCAGUACAGAUAAAGCGGCAGCUGAUGCCAAUGCCGCAGCGUGGGCAGCUUACUACGCGCAGUACCAGCAGCCGCAGGCCCCCAUGACGCCCGGCAGCGCCCCUGGCACAGCACAGACCAAUGGCCAAGGUGACCCGCAGGCUCCAGGUCAGAGUGGACAGGCAGAUUACACCAAGGCCUGGGAGGAAUAUUACAAGAAAUUGGGUCAACAAGGCCAGCCUGCUCAGGACUACACAAAAGCCUGGGAAGAGUACUACAAAAAACAAGGUCAAGCCGCUCCUCAGGCGGCCGCGGCCACGCCAGCCCCCGCGCAGGCUGGAGGCCAGCCAGACUACAGUGCAGCGUGGGCAGAGUACUACCGCCAGCAGGCGGCGUAUUACGGCCAGGCCGGGGCCCCGGGCAUGGGAGCCGCCCCGCAGACUCCACAGGGCCAGUAAUGUGAAGUGGACAUUUAAAUGCUACAUUUGUUAAAUGUUUGGAUGCAGACGUCUUGAUGAUGAUGAAGAUCUUAAAUUUCCGUGGUUUAAAAGUGUUUCAUAUAGAUUGCAACAUGAUUCUGGAGUCAAGUAGUGUUUCUUUCUUUUAUUCCUUUCUUUUAAUGUUUUUGUAAAUGAACGGUUUUAUGUUAAGGUAAUACUAGUAUAUGGUCAUUCCAGCUCUUGUAUCUCUUCAUCUAAUGUGGUUUGAGCUUAUGUUUAUACAAACUGUAGUCAUUGCCAUGUAAAUCAUCUCAAUAUGAAAUGCUUUUUUUUGUCUUAUAAUAAAAGUGAAUAAACUCCCUGUGUUGGUAAGUGAGAGGGUUUGGAAACCACCAUCUUAGCAGUUAACAGAUGUGUUCUGGGGUGUGGGGAAAUAACGUGAGGGCAUGACAUUCAGACUGCAGUGUGAUCAGUUUCUUUCUACCCGUUUUCUGACAAAAUAUGCUCUGCCAUUUUCAUGUGUCUCCAGCUAUCUCUUCGCUUUCUGUUUUUUAAAACCGUAACCCCUAGCUAUAUUUAAAUGUGUGAAUGCAAUGAAGUGGUCGACUGUGUUGCAUAUCCUUUUUCAGUGAAGUUAGUGGUGUGUCCUUGCCUUUUUCAAAAGCUCGUUAAUGUUGAGGUUCUAGGUGCAGAUAUUGUACUUUACUGGCGGGUCAGUGAUAGGUAUGUGAUACUCGUAGUCUUUAAAGAAGCUUCUGUUGUAUUGUGCCUGGUGACUCAAACUAGUUGUGUGCUGUAUGUAAUGAUGAGAGAAACUUCUUCCCUCACAGGCAAGAUUAGGAAGGUGGUAAGCAAGAGGUAUUUUCACAAAAUGCUCUUUUCGAUUUUUGUCACUGCAAAGGAUUGCAAGCAUUUUAGUUGACCCUCUGUUGCUUUCUUACAGGGCAGGUACAAUGUUCUCAUUUGAAAGCGAUUACAUGCAAAAGCACUUGUUUUGCUUUUUUUCCCCCCUCCUCCCCUCUCAAUUUCCUCCCCUUACGUUUUCAUGCAUCACAUUUUUGUAAUUAUCUGAUGGCCUUUGAUGAACGCAUUUUGAUGCAAAUUGAAACGAAAGAGCAAGCUUUGCAAAAGUCGAAUUUUUUGUUUUCCCAGUUGUAUGUUGGCAUCCAUCCAGUAUAUAGAUCUGUAGGUGUUUAGGGCGGGGGAGGUUACGAAGUGACUCACCACUGACAUGAUCCCUCCACCGUAAGUACAAUACAAUGUGAUUUUAAGAGUCACUUGUCUUUGAUAUCUUGCUGAGAAAUAAGUGUGCUAGACAUGUCUCCUUAAGUUACAAACAAGCCUUUGGUAAGUAUUACAGCGCCCCAAUUCCCCAAUAUACUGUCAAAGUUGAUCAUGAUGUUUCUGAUAUGAAAUGGCCUAUUUUUUGACAAUUUGGUCUGAUUUUGCGUUUGUCAUGAACUACUGAAUUUCUGCUAUGAUAUUUCCAUUCAGCAAUAUUCAUAUCCAGCAAAGUAGCACUGUAGCUGUUUUGUGAUGCCUGCAGAGUUUGAAGUUCUCUAGUGUCUAAUAUUUUGCGUGUAUUUUGCUGAACUGCUUAGUUUUGGCAUUCAACACCUUCUUUCCUCUGUAGGAAAGCCCGAAUAGAAUAAGAACUCAAGUCUCCAUUGAAGUUUGAGUGAGUCAAAUGAGAAUGUAGUAUUUUUUUCCUCCAAUGUCAAUACAUGAAUCUAAAAAUGUUAACAUGAAAAUAAUAAUUCAAGGCUUGUCAACUGAAGUAUCACUUAGCGCUGAAUAUGCUUGUUUGAAAAUGCGAUCGAUAUUUUUUUAAUCUGUAGCUCAAAUAUAAUGUAGCACAUUGAUGCCAAGCUAUGUCUGUAGUAGCAACUCAGCAUGCUAAUGUCAUGGACGUAGAUUUGAAAGUGCUUCAGAUUUUAGUAUUCCACCUUCUGCAGACUUGCCCAUAUGUCAGACAUGCCUUUUUUUUGCUUUGAACACUGUCAUUCCGAUGGCUGUUGAAUUGACGCCAAUGAUGUGACUGAUUUGUUCAUUGAUGGCAAACAGUGCAAUAUCUAAUUCUUGCAGUGUCAACCCAGACCUUGCACCUUAGGUUCUGCUGCAGUAACACAGGUAAGCGUAACCUAAGGAAACAAGUGUUUGACCUGUGCUAUAGACAUUUAUUGCUGUCUGACCUGCCCACAAACUGUGCCUAUCUUAAAAACUUUUUUCAAAAUUGACUGACCAGAACAGUAAAUGAAUAAAUGUUGCUCUGUCCUUCCCAAUACUAUACUCGAAAUGGUUAGUUAUGCAUCUGUAUCUUCGACCUGAAUGAUUUGCAUGGCCCUUUUCAUGACAAUUACUGGCUAUGUAAACGCUACAUACCAUUAAUGAUGUGUCGAUAAUUGUUGCAUUUUUGCCACCGUCCAGCAUUUGAAUACAUGUCCUUUGUCCAAACUUAUAGUUAACCAAAAAUGUAGUCUUUACAUUUAAAACAAUUGAGCAGGUUUGUCUUUGCUUCUUAUUUGAGUCUGGGAUUGGGGAAGUGUGACCAGGGAUGCUUAAGAUACCUUUCGUAUUGUUUUAACAUGACUCUAAAUUGGCUGCAUGCAGUGGCAAAUGCCUACACCGGAGCUAGUCAUACUAAUGCCUUAUUUGCGAAAUAAAUGCGUUUUAAGUGUGAAUAUCUAUACUGCUGUUGCUAUUUGGUUUGAAACCUGUGAAUAAUUAUGAUGCCCUGCUGCAGUGCUAAUAUCUUGUCAAAAAUUGCUGCCUCCAUUCUCACUCACAGUGUGGAAGAUGCUGCAGGCAAUAGGUCGUAGAAUCAGAUCCCGAGCUAGUUUGUCCGUAAGGAGGAAUCCUUUGAGUCUGUCCCUCUGCUGAUCAUAGACCGUUCAAGGGCUCCAGUUAUAAGGUAACCAAUGUAAUGACUGAGGAAACCUGUGACUGCUUAAGUUUUCUUGAUGCUCAGUUUAGGGACAUGUCACAUGUGAUUUUACAAUUCUGUUGAAUUGCUAGUAUGUUGCCAUUCUGAUGAUGACACUUGACCUGUGGUAGUCUUGAAUUUUUGCUUUUUCCCAUUGCAUCCGCCUGUUGCUUUGCGUAGGGUUGUAUGAACUUUUAUGAUCGCUUUAUAGGUUUUGAAGAUCAGGAACCAAUAUCUGUAGUCUCACCAUUUAUGGCUUAGGCAGAGAUUGAGCAAUUUGCAUCUUUUCUCCUCUCUCCUCUCCUCUCCUCUCAAAUUUCUUAGCUUGCAAUGAAUCCCAGUUUUUGCAUUCUUUUCGUGUAAAUAUGCAUACCAGUUAUCGCUAGGGUUUCUCAAGAAUAAUAUGGGGGUAUAGAUAUAAGACAACAUCUGAAGUUCAGCACAUGACUUUGGAAGUAAACAAGAGAUGGUUUUGUGUGCUGUUGAAGUUUUAGAAUGUUAUUUUUGUGGAUUUCCUUUUUGUUAAGAUUUGUUUUUGACUGUUCUAUUGUUGCCAUGUUCAUUAAAUAAAGAUGUGAAUUUAACUUUU